UGUUCGAGCCGACCACCGGAAACUCAAGAACUGGCACACGCUAGCAGUUCUGGAGCUACGAUACACACUUAGGCUGCGCACUUUCCGGUAGCAGCCGAAACGAUUAUCCGCAAAUAUGAUGAGUUUAAGCGAGCUUGGUGACGGACUGCCGAACAUGCCGUCGUCGAACGGAGGAUCUCCGCUUAAUGGCUCGGGUAUGAGCCUCAAAUGGGAUCCCAAAAACCUCGAAAUUAAGACCCUGUCGGUUGAGAAAACUCUCGAGCCCCUGGUAAUGCAAGUGACGACGCUAGUGAACACGAAAGGCCCUUCAAAGAAGGUUGGCGGACGUUCCAAACGCGCGCACGUCCUCGUCGCAGCCGUUGAAAGAGCAACGCAAGACUUCAUCCGCAGCGGGGAGGAAAUCGCUCUCGAGAACCCCGAUAUUAAGGAAGAGAUGAUGCUUGCUGUCGAUGAGGUGCGUAGCGCGGGCGCUGGUAUGUCGGAAACGGCACGCCAGUUCGCUGAGGAACCCUGCUCUUCUAUAAAGCGAGCCGCUAUGGUUAGAGCAGCCAGGAGUCUGCUGUCUGCAGUAACCAGACUCCUGAUCCUGGCUGACAUGGUCGACGUGCACAGACUUCUUCGUAGUCUUCGAGCUGUCGAAGAUGAUCUGGAACGAGUUCGGAACGCGUCGUCCCAGGCUGAGCUCGUGGAGUUCUUCCGCAACUUCGGAUCGAACACAUCACAAUUAAUCCAACAGGCUGCAAGACGUCAAGCCGAACUCAAGGACCCGAGACUCAGGGAUGACCUCGCUGCGGCUCGCGCAAUCCUCAAAAAGAAUUCGACAAUGCUCCUCACAGCUUCGAAAGUUUACGUCAGACAUCCCGAAUUAUCGGCGGCGAAGGAAAAUCGAGAUUACGUAUUCCGUCAGGUUUGCGAAGCCGUCAACACCAUCAACGACGUUGCUCAAGGCCGUCAUUCUGGCUUGAAUGGAAGCAAUGGUAGAGGCGAAUACGGAUACGAUGGUCCAGGCGAACUCGCAGCCGCUCUCGACGACUUCGACGAGCGUAUGUUCCUGGAUCCAUCAACCUAUUCCGAACAGCGCACGAGACCGGCACUCGAAGAGUGUCUGGAAUCGAUCAUUUCGGGUGCCGCACUCAUGGCCGACUCCGCGUGCACACGUGAUGAGCGCCGUGAGCGGAUCGUGGCCGAAUGCAACGCGGUCCGUCAGGCCCUACAGGACCUCCUUUCCGAGUACAUGGCCAAUGCAGGUCGUCGCGAGCCGUCGGAGGGACUGGACAAAGCUUUGGAGCAAAUGGCUCACAAGACUCGUGAUCUCCGUAGACAACUCCGGAAGGCAGUUGUGGAUCACGUUUGCGACUCGUUCCUGGACCCCCACCUGCCACUUUUGAUCUUGAUCGAAGCAGCCCAAGCGGGCGAUGAGAGGCAGGUGGAGGACUACCAACAGGUAUUCCGGGAGCACGCUGCUAAGUUGGUCGAAGUAGCUCAAUUGGCUUGCUCGAUGUCUUCGAACGAAGACGGUGUGAAGAUGGUGCGCCACGCGGCAGCGCAGAUCGAGCAGCUGUGCCCCCAGGUGGUGAACGCGGCGAGAAUCCUGGCUUCGAGACCUUCAUCGAAGGUCGCCCAGGAGAACAUUGAAGCGUUCAGAACUGCCUGGGAGAACCAGGUACGGCUGCUGACUGAGGCGGUGGACGACAUCACCACGAUCGACGAUUUCCUCGCUGUCUCAGAGAAUCACAUUCUUGAAGAUGUGAACAAGUGCGUCCUAGCUCUUCAGGAAGGGGAUGGAGAAACUCUUGAUAGAACCGCUGGCGCUAUUAGAGGCAGAGCCGCGCGGGUGGCUGCCGUAGUCGCUUCUGAAAUGGACAACUACGAGCCCGGGAUAUACACCGAACGGGUUCUCGAAGCUGUUCAGGCUCUUAGAGAACAAGUUAUGCCGAAUUUCGCACAGAAGGUUGACGCCGCCGUGGCCGCUCUCGGCCAGGGCGCUCAAACCGAUGAGAACGACUUCAUUGAUGCCUCUAGGUUAGUGUACGACGGUGUCAGAGAAAUCAGGAGGACCGUGCUCAUGAACAGGAGCGCGGAAGAACUCGACUCUGAGACGGAGAUUGAAUACGAGGACAACACGUAUGAGACUCGCAGCAAAUCUUCGGCUCAUGACGUUGACGAGUAUCCUGAUAUCAACGGCAUUUCAAACACUCGAGAUGCGUACAGACUCGUAUCAGAAGAAGAAAAGGCUAAGAUCGCGGCGCAGGUCGAAACCUUCCGCACGGAGAAACAUCGUUUCGACCGAGAAGUCGCCAAAUGGGACGAUACUGGGAACGACAUUAUUGUGAUUGCCAAACAAAUGUGCAUGAUCAUGAUGGAGAUGACGGAUUUCACGAGAGGGAAAGGCCCUUUGAAGACGACCAUGGACGUCAUCAAUGCCGCGAAGAAGAUCAGCGAACAUGGAACGCGGUUAGACAAACUAGCCCGAUCCAUUGCGGACCAGUGUCCCGAAUCUGAUACGAAAAAAGAUCUGAUCGCAUACCUCCAGAGAAUCGCUCUCUAUUGUCAUCAGCUGAACAUCACAUCAAAAGUUAAAGCUGAUGUACAGAACAUCUCAGGAAACCUCAUCGUGUCCGGCUUGGACAGUGCGACGUCAUUGAUCCAAGCCGCCAAAAAUCUGAUGAAUGCCGUUGUCCUGACCGUAAAGGCAUCAUACGUCGCUUCAACCAAAUAUCCUCGACAGGGAGCAAUUGUAACGUCACCAAUCGUCGUUUGGAAGAUGAAAGCACCCGAGAAAAAACCCUUGGUGCGACGCGAAAAGCCCGAAGAAGUUCGCGCAAAAGUUCGAAAAGGUUCGCAGAAGAAAAACAUCACUCCCAUUAAGGCCCUCAGCGAAUUUCAGAGCCCCGUAGAAUCGGUUUGA